CAUUAUAAGUAGGUGUUCACUUUUGGCUCAUGAUGGUGAAUCCGGGACUAACGACUGGAAGCCACUCAUUAAAGCACUUAAAAGAAACUGCGGCUACUCAAAGAAGACGAAAUGCUGAAUUACAACGACAAAGCCGAAUAUUUAAUGCAAGAGUUCGCACGAUAGGAGUCGAUCUAGAUGCCCUAAAACACCAAAUAGCACAGAAAAAGGAAAAAGACGAAAUAGAAAAACAAAGAGAGGACGCAUUUGCGGACCAAUCAAAACGACAUGACAUGACUUGUGUACUGCUGCAAAAACGAGAAGAAAAUGAUGUGCGAGAACUGAACAAGUCGCUAAAUGAGUACAGAAAGACUUUUCAAAGAAAGGAGGAUGGAAGAGAAUAUGAUUUAAACGAUCCUGACUUAUUAAAAAAUGACAAGCCAGCUCGUGUAUCAGAUGACGAUCCAAGAUUGGGAAUUUCUAGCCUACAGAAGUUUUCAGGAGAGGAUCUCAACGGUAAAGAAAGAAAGAAGUUACAACAAGAGCAGGUCAGAGAAUGGUGUAAACAACAAAUUAAUGAAAGGAGCCAGGAGAAAGCAAAUUUGUUGCAGGCAAACAGAUUGUACGAUUUAAAAGCGAAAGAAUUAGACGAACGAGCCGUGGAAUUGUCUGAGUCUGAGCGUCAAUGUCGUGAAGCAAUCAACCUUGCAACAGCAAAAUACAACGCUGCUCUUGCUAGAGAAAACAAAUCCAGAAAUGAGUUGGAGAAAAUGAAAGAACAGGAUGAUAAUUUUACGGAAAUAUCUAAUUUUGUCUGUGGUGAUGUUGUAACGGAAAAUCCCGAUGUCGCUGAAAGCGCAUUUGGUCCACAUCGAGUGAUCACUGACAGAUGGAAAGGAAUGAGUUCAGCUCAACUGAAUGAAAUAAGAAAGAUUCAACACGAUCAGAUGCUUGAGAAAAAACGUCUUGAGGCAGAAGAAAGAUUGAAAAAAGAAGAAUGGGAAAGAUUACAACUAGCUCAAGAAAAAGCCACCUUAAUGGCAGAGCGAGAACUGGAACGAGUGCGUAAACAAUUGAAUAAACAAUUUGUUGAAGAAAAUGCAAGACUUGCGUCUGAACAAAAGGCCCACCAAAAUCACCUCAAUAAAGAAGUUUACACAAAUCCACCAACUGCCGAGUUCUUUAUGCAGUUCAACACAACUAGCAGAUGAAGAUUCUCUUUGGUUAUGUACUUUAAAUAAAGCAUGUCUACUGUUUAAGUCACAUCUGCAAAAUUAAAAUACCUAUAAUUUUGACUUGACCAAAAAUUUUGAAUUGUGCAAUUGUUCAAUUAUAUCUUGUGCAUUUGUGAAAUUGUAUCUGGUAUUAUGCAAUUAUGUUUGCAAUAAAUAGAGUCCAUUUUUUCAA